CCAGGCUUUUCCUCUCCAUGCAUGGGUCUUCCGCGACUGUUCUGCGUCCGGCGAUUUUCAAGCGCCUUCUCCCAGACUCCCAGAUUCUAUAAUCCUCCGUCCAGUCCGUCGACUGCUUACAUAUCCACAAGGCAUCAAUUGCAAGCCAUCCCAUCCGUCUUGUCUUUGUCACGGCGCGCAUUCUAUACCAAGGCAUCUUUGCGAGUGAACCAGACUCGGCGUAAUUUCGCAACCAUGGCGUCCACCGGAGAAGUCCCUGUCAACAUUCAGUCGUUGUCCAUCCACUCGACGACAGAGCAGUCGAAGUUUCCUAACUGCUUCCCAUCGUUGAACCCGGUCGAUAUCUACCGUGAGCAUAUCGCAGAGAAGUUGGGAGAGGCUACAGGGAUUGAGCCGGAGAAGAUUUAUACCCGACUUCUGUGGACGAAUACUUUAGAUAAGGGCGACUUGGUUCUGCCGGUUGCAUCUUUGCAAAUCAAGAAGAACCCCCAGGAGCUGUGCAAGGAACUUGCGGCAAAGUUCCCCGAGUCCGAUCUUAUCCUCCCUCCUAAUCCCUUCGGUGCUCAUCUGCAGUUCUUUUUCAAGCCUGGGCUUCUUACCCACACUGUCAUCGGACGUAUCUUGAAAGAGAAGGCCAGCUUCGGUUCCAAUGGGAACCUGGGUCUUCGCGAUCCCAAGGAUCCUUCCAAGGGUCAGAAGAGGCUGAUCGUCGAGUUUUCCUCGCCUAACAUUGCUAAACCCUUCCACGCUGGGCACCUGCGGAGUACCAUUAUUGGAGGCUUCCUGGCCAACCUCUACACUGUCAUGGGUUGGGAUGUCAUCAAGAUGAACUACCUCGGUGAUUGGGGUAAGCAGUACGGUUUGCUUGCUAAUGGGUAUAAGAAAUUUGGCAACGAAGAGCAACUUCUCAGGGAUCCGAUCAACCAUCUUUUUGAUGUCUACGUGAAGGUCAACGGCAUUGUGGCCCAGGAGGAAGGCCCCAUUAAGGAGCUCAAGGAGCAGAUCAAGGCGAAGAAGGAGAAAAAUGAAGAUGUCUCUGAACUGCAGAAGGAGCUUGACAAGCUCGUUGAUGCCAGCGAGGACGAGAAAGCCCGCCGAUACUUCAAGAGCAUGGAAGACGGCGACCCGGAGGCUCUCGCUCUGUGGAAGCGAUUCCGUGAUCUCAGUAUCCAGAAGUACAAGCAAACAUAUGCUCGUCUCAACAUUGAUUUCGAUGUCUACUCCGGAGAGUCUCAAGUCAAGUCCGAGAGCAUGACAUCUGCCUAUUCCAUCAUGGAGAAGGCUGGCGUCUCAGAGCACUCUGAGGGUGCUGUGAUUGUUGAUUUUACCAAGCACGGAGCCAAGAAGCUUGGAAAGGCCAUCAUCAUUCGGAAAGAUGGCACCCCGCUGUAUCUGACCCGCGACAUCGGCGCCAUUCUGGAGCGUGAUGCAAAGUAUCACUUCGACAAGAUGAUCUACGUUGUUGCCGCGCAGCAGGAUCUCCAUCUGGCUCAGCUCUUCAAGAUCACCGAGCUGAUGGGCUACAAAGAUCUGGCCAGCCGCUGCCAACACAUCAACUUCGGUAUGGUCCGCGGCAUGAGCACGCGUAAGGGUACUGUUAAGUUCUUGGAUGACAUCCUUCGAGAUGUUGGUGACAAGAUGCAUGAGGUCAUGAAGAAGAACGCCGAAAAAUACGAGCAAGUUCAGGACCCUGUCAAGACGGCCGAUACCCUUGGUAUCACUUCCGUUAUGGUCCAGGACAUGACUGGCAAGCGUGUCAACGGCUACGACUUCAACCUAGACGCCAUGACCUCCUUCGAAGGCGACACUGGCCCAUACCUUCAGUACGCACAUGCUCGUCUGUGCUCUAUUAUCCGCAAAUCCCAAAUGAACACAGCGGAACUAGACACAGCCAACCUGACCCUUCUCACGGAGACACACGCUGUGGACCUCGUCCGUCUCCUGGCUCAAUGGCCUGACGUCCUCCUGAACACUCUGAAGACCCUGGAACCUACCACGGUCCUGAACUAUCUGUUUCGCAUGACACAUAUUCUCAGCUCCAGCUACGACGUGCUCAAGGUCAUCGGUAGUGAGCCUGAUGUGAAGAAGGCGCGCAUGGCCCUAUACGAGGCCGCGCGACAGGUGCUGAAUAACGGCAUGCGGGUAUUAGGUCUGAGUCCUGUUGAGCGGAUGUAAAUCGAGUACCUCCCUUUGUUUAUUAUUUUGAAUAAAUACAUACCCGUGGAUUUUCUGCGGGAUGCAUGGAUAGCGAUUUAAAAGUCAGUAUAAUCUCGUUCAGUUCUUGGCUCGUAGGGUUUUCGGAUUCGUAGAUGAAAGACCGCUUCUCGCCAUUCUUUGUAGUUUUUAGUGGCCAUGCUUCAAUUUAAUCCGAUCAAUGAAGCCUAUGUCAUUAGAAUGAUACAACCCUAUGCAUUAUUUACAUGCCCAUCCAGCAAAGAGUCGCGUAAUCCAUCCAUACCAUCCAUAGCAUACAUAACAUACCCUAAUAUAAACAUGCUUUGAAAAAGGACCAGUCAUUCCAUGCAUAAAAUCAUUUCAAUCCAUCCAUCCAUCCCAUAUCCCAGUCUCGGAAAGAGUAAGCAGAAAGAAAAAGAAAAAGGUAAAGCUCAAUCAAUCACUAUCAUCCAAACUGUCCCUCCGCCUCCUCCCACCACCAUCACGCCGAUACCCCUUGGUCAAGCCCGGAAUAGGGUGAUGGUAGCUCUUCGUCCCCGUGCCAUCAUCCAUGUCGACGCUGGAAUACUGAUACUCGGAUCGGGAUUGAGUCGAGGAAAAGUCUAACGGCUCCGAAUAAUGGCCCGGGACGGAUCUGCGAUCGCGCUUGCGAGGACUGGGUUCGCGGUCGUGUUCUCUUUCUCUUUCACGAUCUCGUUCUCGUUGCAUAGCUCUCUCACGGGCCAUUUCUCUUCUGCGCUCUCUUUCGCGACGACGGUUAUUCCUCCACGGUGGAGAUGAAGGGUGUUCGUGAUCAUGCUCGUGCAAUCUCUGUGUCUCCGAUGGGAUCUGACUAGCGAUAUCCUCACUUUCAGGCGCGAAGGAGAAAUCCCUCCUCUGAGACUGAGAAUGACCAUGGCUGCGAUGACUCUGCGAACGAGCAGUCUGACCAGCGGGAUAUGCAUAGUCCCGACGUUCCGUCAUCUCACUCUGAGUCUGACUCUGGCUGAAAUAACUCGAAUCAUAAUCACUCCCAUGAUACGUCCCCUCAAACUGCCUAUUCAUCCCACCAACCUGAGCAGGCUUCUCAUUCCGAUAAGCCCUAACAUCCUCAUCAACAACAUCCUUCUCCCCCCACGGCUGAUGCUCCUCCUCAUCCCGAUUCCGCCUCCUCAUGAACUUCUGUCUGGCCGUCUCACGCAGUCUCUGCUUCCACCCUUUCCCCUCUGUACCAGCGGCCUGCGACCGUUUCUCAUGCUCGUGAUCGUUCCCCACAGUCCCCGUCUCAUCCGUAUAAGUGUAGGUAUAGCUAUACCCCAGACUUUCCCCAUCAUGAUCCGGAAAAUCAUCCCGAAACCGCCGAUCAACAAUAGACCCCCCGCCUAGAUCCGUCGAUUUCGUCGCAUUACUUAAAGUCCGUCCGUCUGGCCCCUUCCGUCGCAGAACGGUAGACUUGUAUUCCUCCCAAUCACCCUUGCGCCAGACGAACCCGCCAUUCCUGGCCCAAAAAAAGAACCAGAUCGAUGCGAUGACGAAGGCUGCGCCGAGAAGUGCAAAGAGCGCCAUCAGGCCGCCAUUGUGGAUUGAUUCGGGGUUUAUCGAGCCUUCGCCGGGGUUGUAGGUUUUUGUGGGGGCGCGCGCGACGAGGGUUUUCGGGGUGUCCGGGUUGAGAUCGGGCGUAAUUGGGCUGGGGAUUGCAGAUGGAGGUUCAGGUUGAGGUUGUACUUCCAUGUUGAGGGCAGAGAUAAAAUCUCCUUCUUCUCCGUUGAGGGGAGGCAUGCUUUAUGUUUCUUCUUUCCUAGCUCGUGGUAGAAGUAUGGUUCUAGGUUGUCGAGAGCAUGUAGCUCAGGACGGACCUCUGCGAUGACUUGCUCGUAGGAAGUCCCUAGAUUGCAUCAAUGGGAAAGAAUAGGAAGAGACAGCCUGACGAAAUGGAAAUGAGAAGGCUGGACGUCUUCCCAGUCCUCGAC